AUGGGAAUUUCUGACAUAUCUCUUCCCACACUGACCUUGACAGACACAAUAUAAAGGGGCUUCCCAGCACACCCACAGCCAUUCAGUCCUAUAUCCAAGGGCUCACAGGUCUUUGGCUUCUUCUUUCUUUGCUGCUGCCCAGUCUUCUCCCUCCCGGCAGGCAAGAUGGCUAUGAUAGACAUGAGCGAGUUCGGGGAGGCUGCUGACUUCCUCCGGAAGAGCUACACAGAGCAGCUCAAGCUUCAAACGAUCCCCUUUGAUGGAAAGAAACGAGCUUGGAUCCCAGAUGACAAGGAAGCCUAUGUCGAGAUUGAAAUCAAAGAAAUCUCUGGUGGCAAAGUCACCGUGGAAACCAAAAAUAAAGACACCCGGGUUGUCAAGGAGGACGACAUCCAGCAGAUGAACCCUCCCAAGUUCGAUAUGAUUGAGGACAUGGCCAUGUUAACGCACCUCAAUGAGGCCUCGGUGCUGUACAACCUGAAGCGCCGCUACGCCCACUGGAUGAUCUAUACCUAUUCAGGUUUGUUCUGUGUCACCAUAAACCCCUACAAGUGGCUGCCAGUCUACACCUCCCCUGUGGUGGCAGCCUAUAAGGGCAAGCGGAGGUCAGAGGUCCCGCCUCACAUCUACGCCAUUGCAGACAACGCCUACAAUGACAUGUUGCGCAAUCGUGAGAACCAGUCCAUGCUCAUCACCGGAGAAUCUGGUGCUGGUAAGACUGUAAACACCAAGCGGGUCAUUCAGUACUUUGCCAUUGUCGCAGCCCUGGGCGACACGCCGGGCAAGAAAGGACAAGCUCCUGCCACUAAAACUGGGGGUACCCUCGAGGAUCAAAUCAUUGAGGCCAACCCUGCUAUGGAAGCCUUUGGCAACGCCAAAACCCUGCGAAAUGAUAACUCUUCGCGCUUUGGCAAAUUCAUCCGAAUCCAUUUUGGCCCCUCAGGGAAACUGGCCUCUGCUGACAUUGAUAUCUACUUGCUAGAAAAAUCAAGAGUGAUUUUCCAGCAACCCGGUGAGAGAAGCUACCACAUCUACUACCAGAUCCUGUCUGGGAAGAAACCUGAGCUCCAAGAUAUGCUGCUACUCUCUCUCAACCCCUACGACUACCACUUCUGCUCGCAAGGCGUAACAACGGUGGACAACCUGGAUGAUGGCGAGGAGCUCAUGGCUACAGACCAUGCCAUGGACAUCCUGGGCUUCAGCAAUGAAGAGAAGUAUGGCUGCUAUAAAAUAGUGGGCGCCAUCAUGCACUUUGGCAACAUGAAGUUCAAGCAGAAGCAGCGGGAGGAGCAGGCGGAGGCCGAAAACACUGAAAGUGCUGACAAGGCCUCCUACCUCAUGGGAAUCAGCUCAGCUGAUCUCAUCAAAGGGCUGCUCCACCCCAGAGUGAAAGUAGGAAAUGAGUAUGUGACAAAAGGUCAGAACGUGGAACAGGUGGUGUAUGCAGUCGGGGCCUUGGCCAAAGCCACCUACGAUCGCAUGUUCAAGUGGUUGGUGACUCGUAUCAAUAAAACCCUGGACACCAGGCUGGCCAGGCAGUUCUUCAUCGGAGUACUGGACAUCGCAGGCUUUGAGAUCUUUGAGUAUAACAGCUUUGAGCAGCUGUGCAUCAACUUCACCAAUGAGAAACUGCAACAGUUUUUCAACCACCACAUGUUCGUCCUGGAGCAAGAAGAAUACAAGAAAGAAGGCAUCGAAUGGGUCUUCAUCGACUUUGGCCUGGACCUGCAGGCCUGCAUUGACCUGAUUGAGAAGCCGUUGGGAAUCCUCUCCAUCCUGGAGGAGGAAUGCAUGUUCCCAAAAGCCUCCGACAUGUCCUUCAAGGCCAAGCUGUACGACAAUCACAUCGGGAAGUCACCUAAUUUCCAGAAGCCACGGCCAGACAAGAAGCGCAAAUACGAGGCACACUUUGAGCUGGUGCACUACGCAGGAGUGGUACCCUACAACAUCAUUGGCUGGCUGGAUAAGAAUAAAGACCCCCUGAAUGAGACAGUGGUGGGCGUCUUCCAGAAAUCGCAGAACAAGCUCUUGGGCAGCUUAUAUGAGAAUUACGUGAGCUCCUCCUCAGAUGAGCCACCGAAGGCAGGGGUCAAGGAGAAGCGUAAGAAGGCGGCUUCCUUCCAAACAGUGUCCCAGCUGCAUAAGGAGAACCUCAACAAGCUGAUGACCAACCUGCGUGCCACCCAGCCUCACUUCGUCCGCUGCAUCAUUCCCAAUGAGACCAAGACCCCAGGAGCCAUGGACGCCUUCCUGGUGCUGCACCAGCUGCGCUGCAAUGGCGUGCUGGAGGGCAUUCGCAUCUGCCGCAAAGGCUUCCCCAACAGGAUCCUCUACGCUGAUUUCAAGCAGCGCUAUCGGAUCCUGAAUCCUGCUGCCAUUCCUGACGACAAGUUUGUGGACAGCAGAAAGGCCACGGAGAAGCUGCUGAAUUCCCUGGAGCUGGACCACUCCCAGUACAAGUUUGGGCACACCAAGGUGUUUUUCAAAGCUGGUUUGCUGGGCCAUUUGGAGGAGAUGCGAGACGAGCGCCUGGCCAAGAUCCUGACGAUGCUGCAGGCCAGAAUCCGUGGGCGGCUGAUGCGCAUUGAGUAUCAGAAGAUCAUCAGCCGGAGGGAAGCGCUCUACACCAUCCAGUGGAACAUCCGGGCUUUCAAUGCUGUCAAGAACUGGUCCUGGAUGAAGCUUUUCUUCAAGAUCAAGCCUCUGCUCCGGUCGGCGCAGACCGAGAAGGAGAUAGCCACCUUGAAAGAAGAGUUCCAGAAGCUGAAGGAAGCUCUGGAGAAGUCAGAGGCUAAGAGGAAGGAGUUAGAAGAGAAACAAAUUACCAUGAUCCAGGAGAAGAAUGACCUGUCUCUCCAACUUCAAGCUGAACAAGACAACCUAGCUGAUGCAGAAGAUCGCUGUGACCUGCUGAUCAAGGCCAAGAUCCAGCUGGAGGCCAAGGUGAAAGAGCUGACAGAGCGUCUGGAGGACGAAGAGGAGAUGAACGCGGACUUGACCUCCAAGAAACGCAAGCUGGAGGACGAAUGUGCUGAGCUGAAGAAGGACAUUGAUGACUUAGAGAUAACGCUGGCCAAGGUGGAGAAGGAGAAGCAUGCCACAGAGAACAAGGUUAAAAACCUGAUUGAAGAAAUGGCAGCUCUGGAUGAGAUCAUCGCCAAGCUGACCAAGGAGAAGAAAGCGCUGCAGGAGGCACAUCAGCAGGCCUUAGAUGACCUGCAGGCUGAAGAGGACAAAGUCAACACACUGACCAAGGCCAAAGUCAAACUGGAACAGCAAGUGGAUGAUCUGGAAAGUUCCCUGGAGCAGGAGAAGAAGAUCCGAAUGGACCUGGAGCGAGCGAAGCGCAAGCUGGAAGGGGAUCUGAAGUUGACCCAGGAGUCUGUGAUGGAUCUGGAGAACGACAAGCAGCAACUGGAGGAGAAACUCAAAAAGAAAGAGUUUGAGACAAGCCAGCUGAAUUCAAGGAUUGAAGAUGAGCAAGUGCUUGGGGCCCAGCUGCAGAAGAAGAUCAAAGAGCUCCAGGCCCGCAUUGAGGAGCUGGAGGAGGAGCUGGAGGCAGAGCGAGCGGCGAGGGCCAAGGUGGAGAAGCAGCGUGCAGAAGUGGCGCGGGAGCUGGAGGAGCUGAGCGAGCGGCUGGAGGAGGCGGGCGGUGCGACGGCUGUCCAGCUGGAGAUGAACAAGAAACGGGAGGCAGAGUUCCUGAAGCUGCGCAGGGACCUGGAGGAAGCAACGCUGCAACACGAGUCGACGGCUGCGGCCCUGCGCAAGAAACAUGCCGACACCGUGGCCGAGCUGGGCGAGCAGAUCGACAACCUGCAGAGGGUCAAGCAGAAGCUGGAGAAGGAGAAGAGUGAGAUGAAGAUGGAGGUGGACGACCUGUCGUCCAACAUUGAGUAUCUCACCAAGAACAAGGCAAAUGCAGAGAAGCUGUGCCGCACAUAUGAGGACCAGCUGAGUGAGGCCAAGUCCAAAGUGGAUGAGCUGCAGCGCCAGCUGGCCGAUGUGAGCACCCAGCGCAGCCGGCUGCAGACUGAGAACGGGGAGCUAAGCCGGCUGCUGGAGGAAAAGGAGUCUUUUAUAAAUCAGCUGAGCCGUGGCAAGACUUCGUUUACCCAGACUAUUGAGGAACUCAAGAGGCAGCUGGAAGAAGAGACCAAGUCCAAAAAUGCCUUGGCUCAUGCUCUGCAAGCCUCGCGCCAUGACUGCGACCUGCUGCGGGAGCAGUACGAGGAGGAGGUGGAGGCCAAGGGGGAGCUCCAGAGGACCCUGUCGAAGGCCAAUGCUGAGGUGGCCCAGUGGAGAACCAAGUACGAGACAGAUGCCAUUCAGAGGACAGAGGAGCUGGAGGAAGCCAAGAAGAAGCUGGCCAUCCGGCUGCAGGAGGCAGAGGAGGCCGUGGAGGCAGCGCAUGCCAAAUGCUCCUCCCUGGAGAAGACCAAGCACCGGCUGCAGACGGAGAUCGAGGACCUGUCCAUUGACCUGGAGAGAGCUAACUCUGCGGCAGCCGCGCUGGACAAGAAGCAGCGCAACUUUGACCGGAUCUUGGCCGAAUGGAAGCAGAAGUAUGAGGAGACCCAGGCAGAGCUGGAGGCCUCGCAGAAAGAGUCACGCAGCCUGAGCACGGAGCUCUUCAAACUCAAGAAUGCCUACGAGGAGUCCCUGGACAACCUGGAAACCCUCAAACGCGAGAACAAGAACCUCCAAGAGGAAAUCGCCGACCUGACGGACCAGAUCAGCCUGAGUGGCAAGACCAUUCACGAGCUGGAGAAGGUGAAGAAGGCCCUGGAGAGCGAGAAGACCGACAUCCAGGCAGCGCUGGAGGAGGCUGAGGGGGCACUGGAGCAUGAGGAGAGCAAGACUCUGCGGAUCCAGCUCGAACUGUCCCAGAUCAAGGCUGAUGUGGAGAGGAAACUGGCUGAGAAGGACGAGGAAUUUGAGAACCUCAGGCGUAACCACCAGCGAGCCAUGGAGUCCAUGCAGGCCACACUGGAUGCAGAGGCCAAGGCCAGGAACGAGGCUAUCCGGCUGAGGAAGAAGAUGGAGGGUGACCUGAACGAGAUGGAGAUCCAGCUGAGCCAUGCCAACCGCCAGGCUGCCGAGUCCCAGAAACUUGUCCGGCAGCUCCAGGCCCAAAUCAAGGACUUGCAGAUCGAGCUGGACGACACCCUGCGCCACAACGAUGACCUGAAGGAGCAGGCGGCAGCCCUGGAAAGGCGCAACAACCUGCUGCUGGCUGAGGUGGAGGAGCUGCGGGCAGCGCUGGAGCAGGCUGAGCGGGGCAGGAAGCUGGCUGAGCAGGAACUGCUGGAGGCCACCGAGAGAGUCAACCUGCUGCACUCCCAGAACACAGGCCUGAUUAACCACAAGAAGAAGAUGGAGGCGGACCUCGCCCAGCUGAGCUCGGAGGUGGAGGAGGCCGUGCAGGAGUGUCGCAACGCUGAGGAGAAGGCCAAGAAAGCCAUCACCGACGCAGCCAUGAUGGCAGAGGAGCUGAAGAAAGAGCAGGACACCAGCGCGCACCUGGAGCGGAUGAAGAAGAACAUGGAGCAGACCAUCAAGGACCUACAGAUGCGCCUGGAUGAGGCCGAGCAGAUCGCCCUGAAAGGGGGCAAAAAGCAGAUCCAGAAGCUGGAGGCCAGGGUGCGCGAGCUGGAGGGGGAGCUGGACAUCGAGCAGAAGAAGAACGCCGAGACUCAGAAAGGCAUUCGCAAGUACGAGAGGAGGGUCAAAGAGCUGACAUACCAGACUGAGGAGGACAGGAAGAACCUGGCACGGAUGCAGGACCUGAUUGACAAACUGCAGAGCAAGGUCAAGAGCUACAAGCGCCAGUUCGAGGAGGCGGAGCAGCAGGCCAACUCCAACCUGGUGAAGUACCGCAAGGUGCAGCACGAGCUGGACGACGCUGAGGAGCGGGCCGACAUCGCCGAGACGCAGGUGAACAAGCUGCGCUCCCGCACCAGGGACGUCAUCACCUCCAAGCAUGAGGAGUAGGAGCCGCAGCACCCAGCCUGCUGCCAUCACACCCAGCUGUUGUGUGUUAGGUGCAACUGGCUGCAACAGUCAUUGCAUCUCUGUGCUGAGUGAAUAAACAGCUUCCAAAGAA